AUGAUGAAGAAGGUUGCGCUAUCCAUCCUGCUGCUCCUCCUCCCCGUGUACUCCCUAAGCAUAGAUAAAGAAAACGAAAGCCCAGAAGAAAUAAAAACGAUUACGGGAAAAUUGCAAGUACAGAACAGUGAGCAUGAAAAAAUCCUAAACGUGAUAAACGAAAUUUUUACCAAAAACGAUGAUAACUGUCCGUUCUCCUUCUCCAACAGCGGAUUCAGAUGUGCAUUUAACCGAUUUGACGUCAACUUCAAUAAUGGAUCUAAGGCAGUCAAUGCAUUAUUUACUCCCGCAAAUGAACAGAUUAUAAAGGAUGCUGCUGAGGACUACAAAGUUCGUCUCAUGCUGGAGUUGCAUAAUUUGAACCCACCACAUCUAAAUCUGAAAAAUUUUAAAAAAGAUUUCCAAGCCAUAUGGCUUAAAUACUUCUCCGAAUUGAGAAGGAAAUUCUUCCAUCUGUACAGGAGUGAUGAGUCCGGUCAGGAUGGUGGAGACAAGGGAGGUAGCGAAAUCACCAGUGUUGACCAACUGACUGAAAGACUUGAAUCCACCUACGAUUCUGCCUCAACGGAAGAUGGCUCCAGUGUUGGAAAGGAUACAAAUCAGGACUUGUCUGAAUUGAUGGAGGAAGAUAUUGAGAACAACCCAGAUGCUCCGAAAGUGCAAGGAAGCAGUUACUCUUUCUCUUCACACACCUCCAAAAAGAUUAUAUUUGAUGGAAAUAAUGUGAUCGAAGAGAAUGAAAGCUCCAUAAAUGAUGGAGGUGAUGAGCAGAAUGAAGAUCUCCUACAAGGACCAAUGACCAAAGAGAAGGCUCUGUCCAUUUUCCUAAAAAAUACUUCCUUUACCAUUGAAGGAAAUUGCACUGAGGAGGAAGAGAAGAAGGAAAAUCCAUUUACCGUCUUCUUUAACAGCCAACUGAGCAGAAACCAAUUCAGCACUGUGUGCAACGCGAAUGGAAAGAACUUACUAAGAGGAGCCAACGGUGGAGGAAACCCUCUCUCCAUGGAAUCAAUUAAUCCAGAGGAUCUAAAUAAAAUGAUGGCCGACAUGUUAAAAUUUUUUGAGAGCCAAACGGACGCAAAUGGAAUGCUGUUACCCUUCUUGAGCAAAAUGAACUUUAUGGAUGCCCUCGAAAAUUUGGGAGUCCCACCUGGUCUCGAUUUGGAAAACAUGUUCAGCAACUUAUUCCAGGGAAACCUACCCGCCCCCUGCUGUAGAGGUGCGCGACCAAACAUUGGCGGACCGAACAAUAACGAGCCAACCACCAACGGACCAACCACCAACGGAUCAGCCAUUAAGGGACCAGUCAUUAACGAGCCCACGGACGACUCGGAUAAGCAGCAGUGA